ACGACAAGUGAGAGUUUUUUUUCUCUGCUUCGCUGUACUGUCAAUGUGGCUAAAAUACGAAGGUUUGGUGCCAAGAGCCUCACUCCUGUGUGGACGUUGCAUUGGAAGGGUGUGUGGACCAGACGUGGCAGUAACACCAGCAUCAUGUGUGGAAUCUUUGCCUAUUUGAACUACCUGACGCCGAAGACAAGGCGUGAGAUUCUGGAAUUGCUGGUGAAUGGUCUGAAGAGGCUGGAGUACCGUGGUUAUGACUCUGCUGGAGUGGCCUUGGACUCUGCUGAUGGCCAGGACAUCGCCAUCGUCAAGAAGAGUGGCAAGGUGCAGGCUCUCCAGGAUGAGAUAUUCUCUAAGGAAAAGACAUUGGAUUUCGAGGGGACCACUGACUGCCAUGUUGGUAUUGCACACACCCGCUGGGCAACUCACGGUGUGCCAAGUGAAGUCAAUUCUCACCCACAACGCUCCGACCCUAACCACUCUUUUGUUGUGGUUCAUAAUGGUAUCGUGACAAAUUAUAAGGAUGUAAAAAUGUUCCUCGAGAAGAAAGGAUACCGUUUUGAAUCGGAGACUGACACAGAAAUAAUAGCGAAGCUAGUUCACCAUCUCUAUGCACAACACCCUAACUAUUCUUUCCGUGAACUUGUGGAGCAAGUCAUUCAGCAACUGGAAGGUGCAUUUGCACUUGCAUUUAAGAGCAAAUACUUCCCUGGUGAAUGUGUUGCUACCAGAAGAGGCAGUCCACUUUUGGUUGGUAUAAAAACAAAGACUCGUCUUGCUACAGAUCAUGUACCAAUCUUGUACAGCAAAGAUGAUACCCAAGGGGGAACAGACCCAGAGUCACAAAACCAAGACCAUCGCCCUCAUGGACGAGGUGACUUGCCAAUAAUAGCAAGAUCUGAAUCUACUGCUGAAUUCCAGCCUCUUGAAGACAAAGAAGUUGAAUACUUCUUCGCUUCUGAUGCUAGUGCUGUUAUUGAGCACACAAAUCGUGUAAUUUUCCUUGAGGAUGAUGAUGUAGCAGCCGUGAAGGAUGGUCUCCUCAGCAUCCACAGAUUGCGUAGGUCCCUGGAUGACUCUCAUUCUCGAGAAAUCAUAACUCUUAAAAUGGAAAUCCAGCAGAUCAUGAAGGGUAACUACAGCAGCUUCAUGCAGAAAGAAAUCUUUGAGCAACCAGAGUCUGUCAUCAAUACCAUGAGAGGUCGUCUCAACUUUGAUACCAAAACAGUUGUACUAGGAGGUAUAAAGGAUUAUAUUCCAGAAAUAAGGCGAUGCAGAAGACUGAUGCUGAUAGGAUGUGGCACAAGUUACCAUUCCGCUGUUGCUACACGCCAGUUGCUGGAGGAACUGACUGAACUGCCAGUUAUGGUGGAACUAGCAUCAGAUUUCUUGGACAGGAGUACUCCUGUCUUCCGUGACGAUGUCUGCUUCUUCAUUUCUCAGUCAGGUGAAACAGCAGACACACUGAUGGCUCUCAGAUACUGCAAGAACCGUGGAGCCCUUAUAGUCGGUAUAACUAAUACUGUAGGAAGUUCUAUCUGCCGAGAAUCACAUUGUGGUGUGCAUAUCAAUGCUGGUCCUGAGAUUGGUGUAGCAUCCACAAAGGCAUAUACAUCGCAGUUUAUAUCGCUUGUGCUUUUUGCACUCGUGCUCAGUGAGGACAGAAUCUCUCUUCAAGCCCGUCGCUCGGAGAUCAUUGAGGGACUGAAGCAUCUGGAUGAAAAGAUUCGUGAAGUUCUGGAAGUCGAUGAUGAAGUGAAGGAGCUAGCCAAGGAUCUGUAUCACCAAAAAUCUUUACUGAUUAUGGGCCGAGGUUACAACUUUGCAACCUGUAUGGAGGGAGCUCUUAAAGUGAAGGAACUGACUUACAUGCACAGUGAAGGGAUCAUGGCAGGAGAAUUGAAACAUGGACCACUUGCCCUGGUUGAUAAACAGAUGCCUGUCAUAAUGAUUGUUAUGAGGGAUCCUGUAUACAUUAAGUGCAUGAAUGCUCUUCAGCAAGUAACGGCAAGAGAAGGCCGACCUAUUGUUAUAUGUGAGAAGGGUGACAAGGAGACACAAAGCUUUGCGUCAAGGGCAAUUGAAGUUCCUCGCACUGUGGAUUGUCUGCAGGGGAUCUUGACAGUUAUUCCUAUGCAACUGCUGUCAUACCAUAUAGCCGUUUUGCGUGGCUGCAAUGUUGACUGUCCAAGAAAUCUCGCAAAAUCAGUCACUGUAGAAUAAAUAUCAGACUGAAAUCACAAAAUCAAAUGAGGACCACAAUGAAAAGACAAGAAGGUUCACCAAAUCCUUCAACAAUCAUGAUACAUGGAAUUUUGCUAAUCAUCAUCAAAAGUUGGGAUGCAGUUUAAACUGCAUUCAGAAGCCUCUUCAUAAGACUGACUGUGUUCAACAUGAAUUCCUACAAGAAUCCAACCUGAUGCAUUUAUGUUGUAUUUGAAUGAAAUCUGGACUGCAUUGUGAUAUCAAUGAUCUGUUCACUAAAACUAUGUGUUAAGCACAAUUCAUCUCUGUAGGCUAGUGAUGGAAGAUUUUAGUUCGGAAGAAAUAUUUUGUCUGAUAUAUCCUACCUGCUCACUAUUCACAUCACAGUAAUUGAAUGUUAGAAAGAGUUAUAAAAACUGUUUGGUGCAGUGUGUCAUAUCUAAUAUACAUGUAUAUAUUUCUCUCUGGCUGGGACCCAGAAGGAAUACAAACAUUGCUGUGUAUUUUGCGUAUGUGAUUACAGCAUGAGAUAAUGUAUAAUGUUGUGGCUUUCAAAUAUUACUCAUUGUUCUACAUACAGUCGUGUAUUUUGAUGCAUUCCUAUACUAGCUGCACUAUUUCUGCAAACUACCAUGUUGUACCUUACGGUCUUCCAAUUUUUUGUACUUACAUGUGAGUUUUGGCCAGACAGUAAAUAAAUCUUUUUAGAUUGAAA